AUGAGCGCCCCCCAGCUGGCCAGCUACCUCAAGGCCAAGCUGCCCGCACUCAUCAGCCUCGCCGUCGGCAUCAUCGUCGGCCUCCUCGUCGCCCUCCUGCUCUCCUCGGCCAGCAGCAGCCCCGGCAGAAAACAGUCGGAGUGGCGGGGCGGAGCCAGCGUGCCCACCUGGACGCACUCGCGCACCGCGGCCACCAAGUUCGCCGUGCCCGUGCCCACGCUCGACCAGCGCUUCCGCGUCUUCAGCCUGCUCGCCACCCUCACCGGCCACCACACCCAGUCGUGCACCAAGGCGGCCCAGAAGCCCUACAAGCGCCAGGUCUACGAGCGCUACGAGCCCCUGCUCGGCUACGACCCCGCCAGCAGGGCCAAGAGCGCCGCCGCCGCCGGGCCCAUCCAUCUCUUCAAACACCUCAUCCCCGGCGCAGACGACCCCGACCAGGACUUCACCGGCAUCCUCGACUUCAAGGGCCACUCCAAACUCAGCCUCAACGCCCGGCGCUCCCCGGACGCCUCCUCCUCGUCGUCGUCGUCGUCGUCGACGACCUCCGAGCGCUCGAAGGCCGUCCGACGCAAGGGCACCGGCCACAAGUACUUCUUCGCCAUCAACCUCUACAACUCCUUCGACGUGAUCCCGGACCUGUUCUCGACCAUGUUCAAGGUCUCGGCGAUCCUCGGCUUCCAGAACGUGUUUGUGUCGGUGUACGAGAACGGGUCGUCGGACCAGACGAAGGCGCUGCUGCGGCUCUUCGACGGCCUCAGCCGCUCCGUCGGCAUCCGUGUCGUCAUCCGCACCUCCCUCCGCACCCGCGGCGCCUUCCACCACCGCAUCGAGUACCUCGCCGAGGUCCGCAACGCCGCCCUGGCGCCCCUCCAGGAGCUCCGCGACUCCGAGGGCGAGCUCUUCGACACCAGCCGCCGGCAGAACGCGGGGAUCACCUGUGGGGCGGACUACAUCUUCCACGAAGAGAUCGCCCAGCCGGUGUUCUAUGACAAUUGGGUGGCGCGCGACAUCAACGGGACCGCGCUGGAGAAUGCGCCCUUCGAGUCGAUCUUCCGCGACCCGCCCUCGCAGCACGCCUUCGAGCGCCACCUGCCCAUCCAGGUGCAGUCGUGCUGGAACGGCAUCGCCAUCUUGGACCCCGCCCCGCUCUACGCCCAUCCGCGGGUGCGCUUCCGGAUGGCCCGGCUGGCCGAGGGCGAGUGCAGCGCCUCGGAGUGCUCGCUGAUCUGCAACGACUACUGGAACGCCGGCUACGGCCGGAUCGUCAUGGUCCCCCGCGUCAAGCUCGCCUACGAUAACAGGGUCUGGCAGAUCAUCCAUCCCGAGCGCAAGAAUCUGACCGUCAUCCGCGGGUACACGAGGCUCGGCGGGACGCCCGACGAUCCGACGGCGGACCCGCAGGACCGGGCCUGGUUCGGCCCGCACGACCGGCUGUUCCGGCAGGAGGAGAGCGAGGAGCUGGCGAUGAAGCCCGAGCCCGCCUUCGUCUGGUGCUGGGGCUGGGACGGCGCGGGCGACCUGGACGGGCCCGACGUCGACCCGAUCUGGGAACCCACCAAGAACCUCACCUUCGAUCCCCGCGUCAUCCGCCACGACCGCGGCUUCGACCUCGGCGCCUGA